UGACUACUGGAAACUGCAAAGUCAUGUUCCAGGUAACAUUUAGUGAUGUGGCCAUAGACUUCUCUCAUGAAGAGUGGGGAUGGCUAGAUUCUGUUCAGAGGGAUUUAUACAAGGAUGUGAUGGUCCAGAAUUAUGAGAACCUGAUCUCUCUAGGUCUUUCGAUACCUAAGCCAUAUGUGAUCACAUUAUUGGAGGAUGGGAAAGAACCUUGGAUGGUGGAGACAAAACUGAGAAAAGGUGUGUGUCCAGAUUGGAAAUUAAGAUGGGAAAACAAAGAAUUAUCAGCAAAGGAGGAUAUUUAUGAGGAUGACUCACCCCAAACGGUAAUAAUAGAAAAAAUGAUAAAAACAAAGUCUGAAUUUUCAAAUUUUAACGAGGACUGGGACUAUAUAGAGAAAUUGGAGGGAAAGCAUGCAAAUUAGGUAGAACAUUUUAGACCAGUGACCUUCACCUUUAGAGAAGGUCCCAAUGGGGAAUGUGUUUAUAAAUACAAUACAUUUAGAAGCAUUUUCUAUUUAAAUUUAAAGUCUAUUCUUUUUGAACUACAGAGACUUUCUGCUGAAGGGAAAUCACAUAAGCAUGACAUAUUUAAGAAGAGCUUAACGAAAAAGUCAUUUAUAAAAAAUGAGAAUAUCAAUGGUGGAAAGAAACUUUUGAAUUCUAAUGAAAGUGUGGCAGCCUUCAGCCAGAGCAAAUCUCUUACCCUUCACCAGACUUAUAAUAGAGAGAAAAUCUAUACAUGCAGUGAAUGUGGGAAAGCCUUUGGCAAACAAUCAAUUCUUAAUCGCCACUGGAGAAUUCAUACAGGAGAGAAACCUUAUGAAUGUCAUGAAUGUGGGAAGACUUUUAGUCAUGGCUCAUCCCUUACUCGCCAUCAGAUAAGCCAUAGUGGUGAGAAACCUUACAAAUGUAUUGACUGUGGGAAGGCCUUUAGCCAUGUCUCAUCACUUACUAAUCAUCAAAGCACUCACACUGGAGAGAAACCAUAUGAAUGUAUGAACUGUGGAAAGUCUUUUAGUCGUGUUUCACAUCUCAUUGAGCAUCUGAGAAUUCAUACUCAAGAAAAACUCUAUGAGUGUCAAAUAUGUGAGAAGGCCUUCAUUCAUAGGUCAUCUCUCAUUCACCAUCAGAAAAUUCAUACUGGAGAGAAACCUUAUGAAUGUAGUGAAUGUGGAAAAGCCUUUUGCUGUAGCUCACACCUUACUCGACAUCAAAGAACUCACACUAUAGAGAAACAAUUUGAAUGCAACAAAUGUCUGAAAGUCUUUAGUAGCCUCUCGUUUCUUAUUCAGCAUAAGAGUAUUCAUACUGAAGAAAAACCCUUUGAAUGUCAUAAAUGCAGGAAAUCCUUCAACCAGCCUGAAUCACUGAAUAUGCAUUUGAGAAAUCACAUUAGAUUGAAACCUUAUGAAUGCAAUAUAUGUGGGAAAGCCUUCAGUCAUAGGUCAUCCCUGCUUCAACAUCACAGAAUUCAUACUGGAGAGAAACCCUAUGAAUGUAUUAAAUGUGGGAAGACCUUCAGUUGUAGUUCAAACCUUACUGUACAUCAGAGAAUUCAUACUGGAGAAAAGCCAUAUAAAUGUAAUGAAUGUGGGAAAGCUUUUAGCAAAGGCUCAAAUCUUACUGCCCAUCAGAGGAUACAUAAUGGAGAGAAACUCAGUAGUGCCCUAAGUGUGGAAAAAACUUUAAGCUAUAUGAAUCACUAUAUGUGUGAAAAAUCAUAUAUGAGCGAAACUGUAUGA